AUGGUAGAGGUGGAGAAGACCUGGGAAGAUGCUCUGAAGCACUGCAAUGAGAUACAGACUAACCUCACCAGCGUGCUCUCUGAGCCCGAGCACCUUACAGCCCAGAGAGUGAUGCAAAAGUUCGAGGUCACUGAGCGGGUGUGGAUCGGCCUACGUUACUUGGUGGACCGCUGGCUGUGGGUUAAUGGUGACCCUCUGGUGUACCAGGCCUGGCCCCAAGACGGAGCUCAGGACCACCAGUGUCCAAUGUGGAAACGCUGUGGAGCUUUAACCAAACAGGCAGAGUGGGAAAACUGGGACUGCCAGGACCGACUUAACUUUAUCUGCAUCUGA